UUUUUUGUUGUGCUGAAGCUGUAUCGCAGAGCUCAAGUACUCGUGCUGCGGUGUCAAGGCCUAAAUUACCCCUCGUUGGCUUUCCUGUUCGUCGUUUGACAGGGUGUUCCUGCAAGGUUAGCGCGGAUCCGAUCGACACUUCACUCGGUUCCCCAGGAGUCUUUGUUGUUGUACGAACGUUUAACUCCUAGGAACUUUUCUAUCAUUUGGCCGGUCUCCUGAUUAAGUGCCCUACUCAUUCUGUCAAAAGUUCCGAAUAACCCUUCCUGCAUUCGUCCCGGCAGUCUGUCUCUGGCGCCCACCCUAAGUUUCAUCAUUGCCAACGACUAUACCCUACCUUGCCACCAGCAAUCAUGGGUUCCCUACGACUUCGAAUUGAUGGUCGGACUUUCAAGGAUCCACAGAAUCGGGAGAUCACACUAAGAGGGAUCAACGUUGCCGGCGAAUCCAAGUAUCCCAAGAACCCUGAUACCCCUUCCUACGUAUCCGAUGCCUUCUUCGACGCCGAUAAUGUUUCGUUCGUUGGCCGGCCUUUCACCCUUGACGAUGCGCACACACACUUUGCAAGGCUACGCAAAUGGGGCUACAAUACCCUGCGGUACAUCUUCACUUGGGAAGCGAUUGAACACGAAGGGCCCGGAAAGUACGACGAUGAGUGGAUAUCAUUUACAAUCGAAGUCUUGCGUGUCGCCAAGCAAUAUCAAUUUUAUGUGUUUCUGGAUCCUCACCAGGAUGUGUGGUCCAGACUAUCGGGAGGGUCCGGUGCGCCAGCCUGGACGCUUUAUGCGGCAGGCUUGAACCCCAGAGCGUUCAAGAAGACCGAAGCUGCCCUUGUCCAGAAUACAUACGACAACCCAGCGGAGUUUCCCAAAAUGAUCUGGAGUACAAACUAUACCCGUCUGGUUUGCCAGACCAUAUUCACGCUAUUUUGGGGAGGUCGGGACUUUGCUCCUAAGGCAAUCAUCAAUGGCGUGAACAUACAGGAUUAUCUACAAGGCCAUUUCAUCGCCGCGUGUAAAUAUUUCGCACAGAAGAUUCAUGAGGCUGGUGACAUCGAAAACGACGUGGUUAUCGGGUGGGAGAGCAUGAAUGAGCCCCAUAGGGGCCUUAUCGGAGUGCAAGAUAUAUCCGUGAUUCCCCCGGAACAACAACUUCAGCUGGGAACAUCGCCAACUGCUUUUCAAGCCAUGUUGACUGGCUCAGGACGGGCGUGCGAACAAACAACCUGGGCCUUUGGCAGCUUCGGCCCUCACCAGACGGGCAGAGAACUCGUGGAUCCUGAGGGUGAGUCCGCAUGGCUACCAGCAGACUAUGAUGACCAGAAGUAUGGCUGGAAGAGAGAUCCGAAUUGGAAAUUGGGUGAAUGUCUUUGGGCACAACAUGGAGUAUGGGAUCCAUCAUCGGACCAGCUCCUGCGGAAAGACUACUUCGCCAAGCGGCCACAGACCGGAGAACCCUUAGAUUACGAUAAAUUCACCAACUCAUACUUCCUGGAGCAUUACCGAGCUUACAGAGACGCCCUCAGAAGCGUCUGGCCAGGUGCCAUUAUGCUGUGCCAACCACCGGUCAUGGAAAUACCCCCAGAUUUGAAGGGAACAAUUGACGAUGACCCUAACAUGGUGCAUGCGGUACAUUACUACGAUGGCCUGACACUCUUGACAAAGCACUGGAACCGACUAUACAAUGUAGACGUGAUUGGGGUCCUUCGGGGGAAGUAUCUCACCCCGGCCUUUGCCGUCAAGAUCGGAGAGUCAGCCAUCCGGAAUUGUCUGCGUGACCAGCUCAAAUUCCUCCGAGACGAAAGUCUAAGGUACAUGGGGAAUCAUCCGCUGGUCUUCACGGAGAUCGGUAUCCCCUAUGACAUGGAUGACAAAUAUGCAUACAAAACCGGAAACUAUAGCAGUCAAGUCAGUGCCAUGGAUGCGAACCACUUCGCAUUGGAAGGAAGUACUGGAAAUGGCUUUACGUUGUGGCUCUAUACCACCACGAAUAAUCACGAGUGGGGCGAUAACUGGAACGGCGAAGAUCUGUCAAUCUACUCCCUCGAUGACCUGGAACUUCCAAGUGGGAAGCUUCUGGCGUUGGAGGGUGAGUCCCGAUCGGAUCCGAACCCUCAUUCUCCCGCCUAUUCGGAAAGUCAAGGCGACGCCGAAAUCCAGCGGGUUGGACCCGAGAACCUGAAGAAUGCUCUGCCCCCACCUUCCAUCACGUCGGAGUACACCCAGUCCAAUGCGGAUAAACUAGGGUUCCGGGCCGGGGAGGCCUUCAUCCGGCCCAGUCCGAUCUACACCCACGGACUGAUCUCGAAGUAUCUCUUCGAUCUCCGCAACUGCACGUUCACUCUCUCGCUGGUCGGCAAGGAAAGGACCGUGGGAGACGAGACGGCGACCGAAAUUUAUCUGCCUGAGUUCCAUUUUCCGGACUCGCAGACGGUGGUGUCGGUCAGCAGUGGCGAGUGGUCAAUUGAUUACACGGAGAUCAACUCAAUCAAGGUGCAGCGACUCCGAUGGUGGCAUAUGGAAGGAGAUCAGGAUAUUAAGAUCCAAGGAGUCAAGCGGAAGCCGGGAGAUAUGAGUGCCGUCUCGGGAGAUGACCUGAGCUAUCUCGAGCAAUGCCAGACGGGAGGCUGUGAGGUGAUGUAGAUGGCUGGACCAUCGUUGGUCAUUAUGAUGACGUUACUUCCCUAUAUGCAUAAUGGUAUUGUUGUGUUUUGUUGGAGUUUCUUAAUUUGGCCUUGUCACCAUCUCUUUCCUCAGUAACCAAG